UUUACAAACAUGGCUGCUCGAAGCAGAUAUUCUGAACUACCUGGCAUUGACAAUCAGCCAGAUGUUUAUGAAACUCCCGAUGUUACAGAAAAAGCUGACCAAGAGGGUGACUAUGCGGCCCAGAAUGGAGACGAAAGUAUUCAUUUGUUAAAAAUUGACGCUAAAGAAGCAUUCGAGAAAUUUAGUGGAAAAUAUUUAGACCCAGGGAAUGCUGAUUUUUCGGGAAGGUGUGGUCCCGAACAAAUGAAAGGCUAUGUUACAAAAACUGAAUAUGAAAUGUUAGGAGAAGGAGCAGCAAAAGAGACACCACAGAAUAAAUUUAACCGCCUUCAGCAUGAAAUACGAGAGCUGGCAGAAGAACUGGAGCAAAUUAAGGGCACUGUUCAAGAUGAAAAAGAGGAGAAAAAACUUUCGCCAGUUGUUCUGGCACAAGAGGUGCAAACCCUUCAAAAACAGCUUGAAGAUUUACAUCUGGUGAAUGUCCUUGGGAAGGAGGCUUUGACUGUGGUAUCAACACCACAAGCUGGGUUGUCACAACGCCUACAGACUCAACUUGAAGCUUUUAAAACAGCUGAGUCAGCAAGUGGGAAGCAACCUAAGCAAAGUGAAGAUGGAUGUGUUACAUAUGAGCUGUUUUACAAACCAGAACAUGCAAAGUUUAAUCAGCUCUCUCAGCUGAGUGAAUUAGAACAACGGGUGCAGAAAAUGGAGACAGUUCUGGAUAACGAGACUACAAUCCUUGAAAGCUCUUCAUGAACAAGCAAGUCAGUUUGGUCAAUCGUUGUUGGAGCUGGAUUCGUCUCAGUCUACACUGAACAGUCAAAUGCGCGGCCAGGCUAAACUCCUUAGUGAGUUGGAAGCCAGCUUCAAAUCCAACGUAGCUACCAUCGAGGCAAACUGUGAACGAGUUGAAGCUCGCAUCAAUGCUCUUCUUGAGAAGUUCGAAACUAAAGGACGGUGAUCAGUGAGAUAGAGAUGAAGUAGAUACUUAUCUAAUGAUUAACUUAUAAGAAAGCGUACUGGUAUUCAUGGUAUAUGCUUAGAGUAAUUUCCAUUAAGUGUCGAAAGUAAUCUGGGAUGGCAUUGGUUUUGCUUUAUUUCGCUCUGUGAUUGGUUCAGAAAACUCGCGCCAU